GAUGGACGGACGGAUGGAUGGAGGGGAGGAAGGCUGGAGCAUCGCCACUGUUUCCCAGCAACAACAUCAGUGAGAGGCAGGAAUCCACCCGCUCUUCAUCCACCCGUUUAUUUCUACCUCUUGAUUUUAAUCCUUUAUUCCUCCUCCUCUGCUGCUGCUCCCCUUCAUCCCCCUCUCUCUCUCUCUCUCUGAGUUAGAGGAGGAGGAGGAGGAGGAGGAGGAAGGAGGGAGGGGUGGAGAGGAAAAGCAUUGCGAUACUGCAGGAACAGACUGAGGAGCUACAGGAGAGAAGAGAGAGGGAGAGGAGAGGAGGAGAGAGAAAAAGAGAGGUGAAUUAAAGAAAGGGACAAAAGGAGGUCAAUUUAAAGGAACGAUAAAGAACAGGGACGGAUAGAGGAAAAUAUAAAAGUAAAGAUAGAAGAAAAACAGGAGAGGUGGGAGAGGAGAAGAAGUGAAAAACAGGAUGGAGGAAUAACGGAUGGAGAGGAUGAAAAAGAAGAAAAUGUAGCAGAGAGAAGAAAGAGAGGAGGAAAGUGAAGGAUAACGAUGGAGGUGAAGAGGAGCUGCAAGAACAGAUGGAGAGACUUAAAUUUGAGGUUCACAGGUAGAGGUUUGGUGCAAGGAUGCAGUUGGAUGACAAACUGAGCGAAACCUCCACAAAUCUCUGCAGGACUUUCACACUUUUCAACGUUUUUCCCUGAAAACUUCCGGUGGAUGGGACCGACUCUGAUCCAGCAGACUUCAUGUCAGAUAAUGAAACACGAGGACACGGAUGGACAGAUGGAUGGAGAGUUCACUCAUGUGUGAAGGAUGAAGUGACUGAGACCUGUUGGAAUAUUAUGAACACAUUCCCUGAGGAGUUUGGUGGGAAGGACUCUAAUCGCUGAGACGGCACUUUGACAGAUGAUGAAAGGAUAUUUUAAGGAUAAAUUUGGACUGUUGGACGUUUUUUUGAUUUAAGAGAAAUCUUGGAAAACUUCCACAUUCCUUAAGGUACUUGCCAAGAAUUACUUUGAGCUGGACAAACCAUUUGUUUACUAAGUCUACGAGUCAUUUUAAUUGACGAACAAAGAAGAAUCUUUGAAAACUCCCAAAUUCCUUCAGGACUUUGGUUGGGAAUCUCCCAGACAUGACUUUAGUACGGAUUACAGAGAGUUUACUGAUCUCUAAAGGAUAAAUUCACACCGUUGGACGUUUGUUGGCAGAAGUAGAAGUAGAUUUUAAGAAUAAAUUUGGACUGUUGGACUUAUAUUUGAGUCUUUCAAAACUCCCAAAUUCCUUCAGGACUUUGGUUGGGAAUGACUUUACUAUCCCAGACAUCACUUUAGUACGGAUUACAGAGGUUACUGGUGGACGGAUGUAGAGUUUACUGAUCGAUUAAGGAUAAAUUGAUACCAUUGGACGUUUGUUGGCAGACAUACAAAUAGAUUUGAUCGACAAAACGAGGAAAAUCUUGGAAAACUCCCAUAUAGUACAGAAAGAUGGACAGUUUACAGAUAUUUUAGGAAUACAUUUGGACUGUUGUGAUUUAUAUUUGAGUCUGCACAAACAAAUAAUUUACAGUUACGUCAAAGUUUAAGUGAUACGAGUAGUUUUUAUUGAUGAACAAAGACAUUUUCUUGAGGACUUUGGUGACAAUGAGUCGAAUCAGCCAGACGUCACGUUACAGAUGAUAAUCUAUUAGUUAUUGAUAGAUGGGAGGUAACUUGGAUGUUUGUUGGCAGACAUACAAAUAGAUUUGAUUGAUUAAACAAGCAAAAUCUUGGAAAUCUCCCAUAGUACAGAAAGAUGGACAGUUUACAGAUAUUUUAAGAAUGAAUUUGGACUGUUGGACUUAUAUUUUAGUCUUUUAAAUCUCCCAAAUUCUCUCAGGGAUUUGGUGUAAAUGAAGCUGAAAAGAGGACACAGCUGCACAAACAAGUAAUUUACAGAUACGUCAACGUUUAAGUGAUACGAGUAGUUUUUAUUGAUGAAUAAGAAAAAAUCUAAAAACUACCAAAUUUCCAGAGGAGUUUGGUGAGAACAACUCUUAUCACUUUGACUUCCUCACUGGAUGGAUGGACAGUUUGCGGAUACUUUAAAGAUACACUUGGCUGUUUGUUGGCUGAGGUAGAAGUAGAUUUGAUUGGCAAAGAGAGCAAAGUCUUGGAAAACUCCCAUUAUACAGAACGAUGGACAGUUGACGGAUAUUUUAAGAAUAAAUUUGGACUGUUGGACUUGUGUCUUUUAAAUCUCCCAAAUUUGGUGAGAAUGACGCUGAAAACACGACACAGCUGCACAAACAAAUAAUUUACCGAUACGUCAAAGUUUAAGUGAUACAAGUAGUUUUUAUUGAUGAACUGAGAAAAAUGUUUAAAAACCACCAAAUAACGACUCGAUUCACCCAGACGUCCCUUUACAGAUGAUAACCUAUUAGUUAUUGAUGGAUGGGAGGACAUUUUACUGAUAUUUUUAAGAGAAAAUUGACACCAUCGGACACUUUGACUUCCUCACUGGAUGGAUGGACAGUAUACGGAUACUUUAAAGACACACUUGGAUGUUUGUUGGCGGAGGUAGAAGCAGAUUUGAUUGACGAACCAGGAAAAACUUUGUCGGGAAUGCUUAUGAUAACAGGAUACGUCAGAUGGAAGAAGUUGUUUGGACUAAAAGAAACCAUCCCAAUCUGUCCUGGAACGACUAAUUCUCCAUCGGAUAUUGACGGAUUCUGAUCGGACACCUUUGGAUACUACGUUGGUUUGGAUUUUGGAUGGAACAACUGGUCUUCGUAAACCUCUGAGGCUUUAUAUCUACUGGAUAUCACUUCAGCUCUGACUCACUUUGUCCUGAAAACUCACAUUUUCUGAAUCUUUUCUGGGCUCACAUGCUGGUUUACUCGUUGCCAUGUUUCACUAUCGAACACGACGUUCAUCAGCCUCGAUGGUAUUUAUUGAUUCCUCCUUCUUGUUGGAUUAAAUCUGGUUCUUCAUGAUGGUGAAUGAGGACGAGUUUGGUUCCUCUUCAAGGCGAAGAACUUUGAGCAGAUAAUGGACUGGAAGGAACUGGCGGCUCAGAAGCUCAGUCUGUCCCGCAGGAAGAAGUCCCAGCCGGGCACCGCCACCUCGCCCUCUGAGGACCCAGGGCCGCUGCUGUACACGGGGGGCUUCAGCGGGGCCCUACAGCUCUCCCCGCCCGCCGUCCCACCAUGCCUCCUCCGGGCCGGGUCAAAGGUCAAGGACACGCCGGGGAUGGGGAAGGUCAGAGUGAUGGUCCGGAUCUGCUCGGUCCACAGCAGCGAGUCCUCAGAGUCCAUGUCCCUCCUCAAAGUGGACGGCAGGAAGAAGCUGCUGACUCUCUGCGAGACGUCCGCCGCCGGACAAAUCGCCGCCGCCCAGAGGCGGUCGUCCGCCUCCGCUCCCAAGACCUUCACCUUCGACGCCAUCUUCUCCCAGGAUGCUUCGCAGGCUGAGGUGUGUUCGGGGACGGUGGCGGAGGUCAUCCAGUCGGUGGUGAACGGAGCAGACGGCUGCAUCUUCUGCUUCGGACACGCUAACCUGGGUAAGACCUACACCAUGAUUGGUCGGGACUGCUCCACCCAGAGUCUGGGCGUGGCGCCGACGGCCAUCUCGUGGCUCUUUAAGGUGAUCGAGGAGCGGAGGGAGAAGUCUGGAGCUCGUUUCUCUGUCAGAGCGUCCGCUGUGGAGAUCUCCGGUCGGGAGGAGACGCUCACCGACCUCCUGGCUGAGCUCGUCGCCGCCCCCUCGGCGGGGGGCCACCAGGAGGCCCCGGGCCCCGCCGUGUCGCUGCGAGAAGACCCCCUCUGUGGAUCCCAGCUGCAGAACCAGACGGAGCUGCGUGCGACCAAUGCGGAGCGAGCAGCGUUUUUCCUGGACGCCGCCCUGGCAGCGAGGAGGAGCAGCCGGGCGCCGAGCGACCAAGAGGCCCGGAGGAACUCGCACUUUCUGUUCACCCUGCACCUCAACCAGGAGAGGCCGGACAAGAGCAACAAGGCAGCAAUGUCUGGUCGGAGUCGUCUCCACCUCCUGGAUCUGGGGAGCUGUGAGACGGACAUCAGCAGGACCAGAGAGGGAGGUGGAGGUCAGUGUCUGUCUCUGUCGGCGCUGGGAAACGUCAUCCUCGCCCUCGCCAACGGGGCCAAGCACGUUCCCUACAGGGACAGUAAGCUCACCAUGCUGCUCAGCGAAUCCCUCGGCAACAUCAACUGUCGAACCACCAUGAUCGCCCACAUCUCCGACUCCCCGGCCAACUACAUGGAGACGCUGACCACGGUGCAGCUGGCCUCCCGCAUCCACCGCAUGAGGAAGAAGAAGUCCAAGUAUGCCUCCAGCUCAUCCGGAGGGGAGAGUUCCUGCGAGGAAGGUCCGUCCCAUCGACCUCCUCAUCUCCGACCCUUCCAUCCAAAAAUCGUGGCCCUGGACCCGGACACGCCCCUGCUGCUCUCCAGCGAUCCUGACUACUCUUCCAGCAGCGAACACUCCUGCGACACCGUCAUCUACGUCGGGCCCGGAGGGGCGGCCAUCUCAGACCGAGAGCUCAGCGACAAUGAGGGGCCGCCUUCCUUCGUUCCCAUCAUCCCCUCCCUGAACAAAAAGCGAGUCAAAGAUGCGCCCAGGUCUGAGGGAGAUCACUUGAAGUGCAACACGUUUGCGGAGCUGCAGGAGAGACUCGAAUGCAUCGACGGCAGCGAGGGUCCGGCCACGUUCAGCAUGGAGGCCAAAACCACGAAACCCACAGAGGUGACGUCUCCGCCCAAAUCUGAGGAGAUUUCCUCCCACGGGUUCUCAGAAAGUACAUCAACCACAUGCACAAAUAAACCAUAUCAGGAACAACCCAAAUGCCCUUCAGCCAGCGGCCUCGUGGACACUUCCAAACGGACAAGUGCAGAUGGGGAGAAACUUGCAGUCACCCCCUUUCAGCCAUGUGUGGUAAAGACUACUUUGCCCCAGGACUCUGAGCCUGUGGUGCGAGAGAAGGUCUACCUCAGAGGAGGUGUACCCAAACCGUCAGCCUCACCGUCCUUACCCAGGACAUUUAGGGCAGCGUCUCAGCCUGGGGAGGUUCUAGGUAGGACUCCCCCAGUGGGUAUGAGUCAACAAGCACUGAGGCAAGGCCAACCGCUGGGGUCUCCUAGCAUGGAAAGGGCCCGCAAUCUUCGGGCAGCUCUGUUAGGAAGCGGUCUUGACAGGGAUUUUCUGAGGACUACCGUUACUCUGCAGCAGCCCGUGGAGCUGAACGGGGAAGAUGAGCUUGUCUUCACCGUCGUAGAGGAGCUUCCUCUUGGCCUUAUCCCAGACAAUGGUCGCCCCUCCAACCUCCUCAGCUUCAACCGUGACUGCUCUCUGCGGGCCUCUGGCGUUCGGCCUGUCAGCAUCAUCAGCAGCAUUAACGACGAGUAUGACGCCUACACAUGUCAACACGGAGCGGUGGGACCUGGGGCUGACAUUGGAACCGACUGCCAGGAAGGGUUGUUUUCCCAGCAUGGCAGCCAGCAUUCAACUGUUGGCUCGUGGUCAAGUGAAGAGGGUGCUGAGUGGUCUGAAAGCAGGCUUUACUCGAGGGGCAAAACCCUGGCAUCCGAGAAUGCGUCCAUGCUGACCUCGCCAAGUAUGUUUCAUAAACAGCACGGCAUCAAGAGCUCCCUGAACGACAGUGGCGUCUGUUUCUCAGAGCUGGACAGUGACCCUGCUACUCCAAACAAACCUUCGUUUACCAAGUGCCCUCCAUCCCCGGACUCAACCAAAGCCUCUCUCAAAGGCUCUCUCAAGGUGAGACCCAGUACCCUGAACCCUUCAGCCCAGACUCCCCAUCACGCCGCCCAUUCCAGUCUUCCCAGGAAAAACAAGCCUACCUCAUCUGCAGCUGUGGGCUGCAGCAGACAGGAAGGCAGACAUGAUGAAUUUUUGCUUCAGGGAAGCAGUCAGUUUGAUCCCAGAGAGGUCGGGUUCCUCUCUGCAGGUAAGCCACCAAGAAGUGGCGCGAGUAGUGUUUCCUCCAAGAGGCCCGGAGGGAACAGCAACAGUGUUCCUCGGCCACCGAAGGCACAGAUGUCGUCUUCGGCUCAGAGGGUUGUGGAUGGUUGUGAGAAGUCCAGCAGCAGGAGAGGAGAUACUCUCAUCAAGCUGCCGCGACUCACCCGCGGUGCAACCACUCUAGGAACCGUGAGUUCUGAAUCCAAUGAAGGCACUUCAGUGACCGGCACCCUGAGGUUUUCAUCCUUGGGAAAAAAGUCAAAUGAGCAGAAAAGCAGCAAGUCUGGAUCCGGAAACAUCUCCCCUCCUGCUCCACUUGUCAGACAGUCGAGCCAAGAACAAAAGACAAGGACAGUCCUAUCUCCAAGUGCCUUAAAAACAAGCAGCGACUUUGGAAAGUUUCCAUUCCCUAAAACCUCAGAGGACGAAUUCAACCAGUCAAUCCGGCUCCGGGCGGAUUCAUUCAGCCACAGGACAUCUAGUUUAAAAACUGAACACGGCUCUGCCAGGACGUCUUCAAGCCUGAAGACACGAGGCGCCAAAGCCGAGUCUUCCAGGUACUACGGAAGUCUGAUGUCUCUGGAGAGAUGUGACAGUCAAACUUUAGCUGGGUCCAGGUCUGAACUGUCCAGGGAGGGUAGUGGUGCUACUUUAGGAGGUAACAGCAGAUCCAACAGAUCAGUGCCAAGACUCGGGGUUCCAGCCUCCACAUCUGCUGCAUCUUCCCAAGUUCCUCCGGGUGUCUUUGCAACUACAAGCAAACUGGCAUCGGUCAAAGGCAACAGCAGCUCUCGAGCAGCAGUUUCUGGUGGAUCAAAGGUUCGAACUCUGUCUACCAGCAGCUCCAAGAGCCUGAGCUCCUCCCCUAAACCUCCUGAUAACAUAGCUGGACGCAACACCAGCCUCCCUCCAACUGGUAAGUCCCCAGCUCGGUCGGGGGUGGGAGCCAAGACGGGAAGAGGCACCAUCAUGGGCACAAAGCAGGCCAUCAGCAGGGCGGCUAACAGCCGGGUUAGCGAGCUAGCCACUGGUAGCCAAAGGAAGCCGCUCAGCAGGGGGCCCGGAGCAACAGGAAGCGAUGGCACCGACAGCGGGACUAGUAGUGCCAGUGGGUCGCCAAGCAGCACGCCGCUACCGUCACCGUACAGCAAGAUCACCGCACCUCGGAGGCCGCAGCGCUACAGCAGCGGGCACGGCAGUGACAACAGCAGCAUCCUCAGCGGGGAGCUGCCUCCCGCCAUGGGCCGCACCGCCCUGUUUUACCACAGCGGAGGGAGCAGCGGCUAUGAGAGUAUGAUCCGGGACAGCGAGACCACCGGCAGCACCUCCUCAGCGCACGACUCCAUGAGCGAGAGCGGAGUGUCGUCGUCCAACAGAAGCAGAGUUUCUAAAUCGCCCAAGAAGAGAGGAAAUGGUUUCGUGCGGAGGCGUCUGAUCCCGGCUCCCCUCCCGGACACCUCGUCUCUGGGCCGGAAGGCGGGGGGUCAGUGGGUAGACCUGCCCCCGCUGGGCGGCGCCUUGAAGGAGCCCUUUGAGAUAAAGGUGUACGAGAUCGACGACGUGGAGCGCCUGCAGAGGAGGAGGGAGCUGGUGACGGGCUCAGAGCCGUUCCACGAUGUUGAAAAGGGUCUGCUCUACUUUAACGCCCGGCUGAGGAUGCUGGAGAAGAGGCAGCAGCAGAUCAGAGAGCUGAAGAGCAAACACGAGAGGCUGAAGGUGGAGCUGGAGGAGGCCAAGAGCCGGCUGAUGCUAAACCCAAACAAGUGGAGCGGAGAGUUCGACGUAGACCAGGACCUGGACCGGGAGUCCCAGGAGUACCUGGAGGCUCUGGCUCAGGCCACGGCGGAGCUGGAGUACUGCGUCAACCUCUGCAAGUCCCGCGUCAUGAUGGAGACCUGCUUCGACAUCGCGGUGACGACGACGGCCGCCGGCGCCACGCAGGGAGGACAGCAGGAGGUGGAGGUGUGAGAGGAGAGCCGGAUGCUCAACACACUGUCGUCUGUACUGACGCCCGGUCGGGGCCCGUCAGCGUCACUUUCUGACGUCCAGCGCACCAAACUAUGACGCUCCACUACGGUCGCAGUAAAAACCUGGUUAAUGUUCAAACAAAACCACCAUCGGUUUAGGACACAAAGUGAAAGUGAACACUGUACACUAACAGCGGCCUCCUGGAUGAAAGCUUUGUGUUUGUUGGACCCAUCCACCUCCCUGAUUUUGUUGCUCUUUAAACUACAUCACCUGACCGUCUAAUGACGCCGUGGAUGAGUUUACAUUGUUAGUUAAUGGGAAGCCCGGUGCGUCUCAUAAGCCCGAGUCACACCAAGCAGAGAGAACUAGCGGCGACGAAGGCCGCCUGCUGCAUCGCCUCACGUCUCCUUUGUCUUGCCCGACAAGUCACAGUCGAACACCGCAAAGACGACAGCCGACGACCAGUUAACACAUACGUUAGCAGACGUUCUGCUCCUGCGUGAGAGGAAUUAACUCUCCACACCAGCAGGCGGCGGUAGUCUGCAUUCAUCAUU